UCAGCGACAUUAUGGAAGCGUUUACCUGCUGAGGAUCAACCCUUACCUUGUUUAAGCUAACCCACGGCGCAUUGUAACACCUUUGUACACACAACUUAAUGUUGAUAUUUGGAGAGAGUUAAGUUCAGUAGUCGCGGGAAGCUGCGGUUCAUCACUCAGCUGCUGAUGGAGCACAUCCGACUACCAAAGGUGGACAAUGUUAGGCUGCUUGACAGAGUCUCCCCCAGGAGGAGCAAGUUGGGUACCCUCUACCUGACAGCCACUCACACCAUCUUUGUAGAGAGCGAGGCUGGGGUGCGCAACGAAACAUGGGUGCUUCACAGUUUGGUAUGCAGCUUGGAGAAACAAGGAGCCACGGACUCAGGAUGUCCUCUGCUCAUUCAUUGCAAGAACUUCCAGGUUCUCCGUUUUGUCAUACCUGGAGAGCAGGAGUGUCACGAUAUUCUCCUGUCCCUACGGCGCCUCUCCCAGCCAGAGAGUUACGAGGAGCUGUAUUGUAUCACAUAUAAACCAAAUGUUGAUGAGGAGGAGAGACGUCAGGAGUGGGACUUCUUGGACCUGAAGGCCGACUACAGCAGAAUGGGACUCCCAAACUCCCAGUGGAAACUCUCCCCUGUCAACCAGCACUACAAGGUGAGUGACACUUACCCUGCUGACCUGUUUGUACCGGAGUCGGCCACUCCUCCAGUCAUAGUUGGAAGCUCCAAGUUCAGAAGCAGAGGCAGAUUUCCAACUCUGGCCUACUACUCCAAAGAAAAUCAUGCUGCCAUCUGCCGUAGCAGCCAGCCCCUGUCAGGUUUCAGCGCCCGCUGCCUGGAGGAUGAACAGAUGCUGGAGGCCAUCUUGAGGUCCAAUCCCCGCAGUGACUUCAUGUAUGUGGUGGACACCAGGCCUAAGCUGAAUGCAAUCGCAAACCGAGCUGCAGGAAAAGGCUACGAAAAUGAAGACAACUAUUCCAACAUAAAAUUUAAAUUCAUCGGCAUCGAGAACAUCCAUGUGAUGAGAAACAGCCAGCAGAAAAUGCUCGAAGUGAGUCAGCUGUACUCCCCCUCCAUGUCAGACUUCCUGGAAGGUCUGGAGAGCUCAGGCUGGCUGAGGCACAUCAAAGCUGUUUUGGAUGCAGGCAUCUUCAUCGCCAAGGCUGUUGCAGAGGAGGGUGUCAGUGUCUUAGUUCACUGUUCAGACGGUUGGGACCGAACAGCCCAGGUGUGUUCAGUGGCCUCUGUGCUGCUGGAUCCAUACUACAGGACCCUCAGAGGAUUCAUGGUUCUCAUCGAGAAAGACUGGGUCUCAUUUGGACACAAGUUCUCUCACAGGUGCAACCACUUGGUGGGAGACCCCAAAGAGGUAUCUCCCAUCAUAGAUCAGUUCCUAGAGUGUGUGUGGCAGCUCAUGGAGCAGUUCCCCUGUGCCUUUGAGUUCAAUGAGAGGUUCCUCAUCACCAUUCACAGCCACAUCUACUCCUGCCAGUUUGGCAACUUCAUUGGUAACAACCAGCGGGAGAGGACAGAUCUGCGACUGCUAGAGAGGACUCACUCUUUGUGGAGUUAUCUAUGGACAAACCGAGCAGUCUACAUCAAUCCUCUGUACCGAGAAGACCACAGCCAGACACAGGGGCUCCUUCGGCCAUCUACUGCCCCCUACUGCUUUAAGUUUUGGAGAGGGCUGUACAACCGCUUUGACCGAGGGAUGCAUCCUCGCCAGUCUGUAGAGGAUUACUUGAGUGCAAUCCAAGAGGAGACAGAGCAGCUGGAGGAGCAGCUGGCUUCACACAAACAGAAAAUUGCUCAUCUGGAGAAGGAGCAGGGGUGGAACAGCGUUACACAGAAAAGUGCUCCCUUUGAUAACAGCCCCACAGCGUGGGUUCAAGGUAACAACCUAAAUAUGGCCAACACUCCUCAGGACUACACCGGGGGCUUCAUCACCAGCAGCCCCUGUCAGCCUAAAGCACCAGACAGCAGCCUGAUACUCCUGAACCAGGACUUGACCAAGACGUCUGAGUUCAACCUCUCCAGCAGCAGCGACCAGGAGUCGGGUAUUGCAGACCUGAGCUGUCGCUCACCGCUCAGCGAGGACAGUACCAAGGACCCAGACUCUGAUGAGGCUGCCCACUUAUUUACCUGAGCAAAUGUAGCGUUUUGGAAGAAGGUGCUUCACCUCCAAGCCGUCAACAGGGCCACCGAACAAACACUGCCUUUAUGAUGUAACCCAGAUGUGGGCUAAGUUGGGUUACACAAUUGAUUUGCACUUCUGUUUGCAUGUGUGGUGGUAGACUUUUCCUGUUUCUGUGUGCAUUCAAGUUAGUAGGUGUUUAUUGUAACGACCACAUUUAGCUUCUUACCUCAGUUUUAGAAAUUCUGAUUGUCAUGGGAAUAUUUGGCAGCCAUUUAGCUGUGUGCUUGGUGUUUGCUACAGUCACAUGUUGUUUUUAUAUCAGGUAUUUUGCUUUGAAAUGUCAACAAUUUAUGGAAAAGGACAGGAAGUGGCGAGCACUUUUAAGAUUGACUCAUGAGUUCCAAAUCUAUUUUAGGUGAAUUGAUAAUAAAUAAAUAAAUGUUAUUGUAAUGGAAUCAGAACAGAGUUAAAGCUAUCAGACAAUUAAAUGAUAAAACAAUAGGAAGUAACAACAACGUUUUUAAACUGAAGGUCGUUAAAAGGCAAAUGACGACAUCAUAGAGGCUGCCAACACGAGGUGCUCGGGGGGAAUUUAUAAUAACGUAGCUUUGUAGCAAUGUUUGUAAAGAGUUAUCUCGUAAAGUUCUUUAUCGAUUGUUUGGGUCAUUUUGUCCAUAAGCUGAUUGAAUUUAUGUUGCACCUUAUGGUAACUUCCUGUUAUCAAGACGUAUCCUGUUGAACCAAAAAAUGUAGUUAAAGUCAAAAUGUAGCAGUUUUUUAAAAUCCCAUGGUACUGAUAAUAACUGCACUAAACUCGGGACACAUCAGACCUUGGCUAGCCACUAUUCUAUAAUCAGUGGUUUGUUGUGGUUUAUGCCACCUUGAGGUCCAGGCUUGUAUUUUAACUUCACUCACAUAAACAUGUAAUGAUUCCUCUGCAAGAUGUCAAAGUAAGCUUUGACAUCUUGCAUAUUUCUUAAUAGUGUUUGAACACCUGAUGAUCAAACUUUACAAAAGCUGAUCGACUGUCUGAUGGUAUCAGAUCAUUGCAGAGUAGAUGAUGAGCCUAAUGAGCACUGAACCAAAAAAAACUAGAGUAUGUGAACACUAAAAUAAGUCUGCUACAUGCAGCAGAUCAUGAACAUUGGAGGACUUGUGCCAACUGAAAAUGAACAUUUAAACCGCUGACUUUAAUAGCAUAAGAUACGCAUGUGAUGCACUCCAAACCUGCAAAUGAACAAAGAGGAGAUUAUCAAGCAUUGCAUGUUCAAAUAUUUUUGUACCAUGACAUAUUUUUGACUACUGUAAUCUUUCUUUAACGUGCAUUGUUUUUAUUUGUAUAAGAAAGUCUAAAUUGUGUGGUCAUAAUAACUUCUGACCGUGUAUGAGAGCUUUAUGUGUUUAUUUGUUCAGAUGGAAUAAGAGCCAAAUUUGUCAAACUGAUUAAAUGCAAAGUUGUGAAACCUGUAUCAGUUUAAAUAAAAACGUAAUUGUCAA